CUAACAGCUAUCCAUAAAUACAGGUCUGGCUACGCUUGUGCUGUUUUAUGUGUCAUUACCAUCAACAUAUCUACUUGCCCAUGUUAUAACUCCUAUUACCUUGGUAUCCUGACUUGUCAGCAAUGAAACCUUCCUGACUCGUUUCUGCACCUCGUGCUGUUGUCCUCCGGUUGUCUCACCCUAACCUCCGCUCAUCUGGUCGUCCACGACAUGGCAGCUGUGCGGCCUAUAGAUUCGGUCUCAUUUGAAUACAGCUCUACAACGCCUAUAAUCCAUAUCGUCUUCUUCAUAAACAUCACUAGAUCGUCAAGACUUGGAGUGUGAACAGCACUCUCCUUGCUCAACCCUUCGACCUUGACUCAGCUCUGAGCUACCUCGUCAUGACGCCUCCAAAGACUGAUCGGUUACAUCAACCCCAUCCUGUAGACAGCCCUUCGUCAUCAACUACGAACCCUUCGUCUUCCGACAGAGCACAACCCCCGAUCAAGACGGUCGCCUUUCGACGCGACUCACACAGUACUGUACGGACCAGUACUGAGGUCACAAAUGAGCAAUCUCCGCUGCUAGUAGCAAGAUCAUCGGAGGAUGGGUCAAGUCUAAAAGUUGUCUCGCCGCUGAGAGACGACGACUGGCAGACAGGGCAGUAUGAACAAAGUAAAAGCAGCUGGUACUUGCUUCUGUUGACUCUGACGGGUGUUGGUCUUCAAAUGUCCUGGUCAGUCGAGAUGGCUUACGGUUCACCCUAUUUAUUGUCUCUUGGUGUAAGCAAGUCAUUCUUAGCACUCGUCUGGAUAGCUGCACCUCUUUCUGGCGUCAUAGUACAACCAUACGUUGGCAUGGUCAGUGAUCGAAGCCGCAGCCGCUUCGGUAAACGCAGACCUUUCAUUGUUGGGGGCGCCUUCGCGACCUUAGUGUCACUCUUACUAUUGUCGUGGGCAAGAGAGCUUGUGGGUGGCUUCUUGGCCAUCUUUGGUGCGAAGCCUGAAUCUGGAGGUGUCAAGAACUCUAUCAUCAUGUUUGCCGUUGUCAUGAUAUACGUGCUUGACUUUGCCAUUAAUACCAUGCAAGCAGGUAUACGUGCUUUUGUCGCGGACUGCGCUCCUACCCAUCAGCAAGAAGAAGCCAACGCAUGGAUCGCGAGAAGUAGCGGCAUGGGAAACAUCAUUGGCUAUCUCGCAGGCUUCGUGAACCUUCCCAAAUAUUUACCAUGGCUUGGCUACAGCCAAUUCAAGGUCCUUAGCGCGAUCACUUGCUUCGCACUUGCACUUAGUGUAACGAUUAGCUGUGCAUCCGUACAUGAGCGAGAUGCUCGUGCCGAAGGCUCAUCGAACGCAGAUGAGAGCGUCGCAGCCUUCUUUAGGUCGCUGAUCAAAUCCUUUGGUCGCCUUCCGAAACAGGUUGUACGCGUUUGUCAAGUACAAUGCGCUGCCUGGAUUGGUUGGUUCCCUUUUCUUUUUUACACAACGACAUAUCUCGGCGAGGUCUAUGCGGACCCCUUCUUUAAAGAAAAUCCCAAUAUGACUGAGGAAGAAAUCGAUCGACUGAUGGAGAAAGCCACUCGUGUUGCCACACUCGCGCUGUUCAUCUUUGCGUUGACAACGUUCGCUGCGUCGGUCUUCUUACCGUUCAUUAUCACCCCGACCUUUCAGCCACCUGAGCGAACAGUCCCAACACCAUUGACGCCUAAUACGCCGAACAGUCUUUCAAACUCGCAGAACAGCAGCUAUUUUGCUGCUACUGAACGAAAGUCCAAAAUAAAGUCCAUGGCCCAACGUGUACAUGACUUGCUUAGCCAUUUGCGGAUCAGAUCUCUGACAAUCCGACGAGCAUGGAUGUUCUCGCAUGUCCUAUUUGCAAUAGCAAUGUGGCUUACUAUAUUCGUUCGGACAGUCACGGCGGCGACGGUUCUGAUUGCGUUGAUCGGAAUCCCAUGGGCUCUUACACAAUGGGCUCCUUUUGCACUGAUCAGCGCAGAGGUCUCAAAACGUGAUGCAAUACGCCGCGGCCUUAUUCGUGCACCACCCACGCGAGAUGGACAAUUACUGGCGCAUGGCGAGGACGACACCGCAGACCAGGCCGGUGUGGUACUGGGUAUUCAUAACGUCGCUAUCUCAGCACCGCAGGUACUUGCAACUUUGAUCAGUAGUGGUAUCUUCAAAGCGCUACAGAAACCCAGAGGUUCUCCGGAUGAUCACAGCGUAGAAUGGGUUCUGAGAUUCGGUGGCACAUGUGCCCUCCUUGCUGCCUAUCUUACCACCAGAGUGUUCGAUGGCGACGAGGACCUUAAGGUAGACAGCGAACGCGUAGAUUGAAAGGACUGUUUUAUACUUGUGAGUUUCAUACAACGGGAAGCAAGGGGCUGUGAUCCUAUGCCUCUCAUCAUUGGAUGGCAUUGAUUUGCUAGAUAAAUUUGAUGUACAGCCAAUUUCGAGCAUGUUUUGCUU